UACAAUCACAAUCACAAUCAUCAGUUGCUGUAUCUAGCUGACAUUUGGCUUUAGUCCAUACAAUCACAAUCAUCAGUUGUUGGAUCUAGCUCACAUUUGGUGCCAAGACUUGCAGAUCUAGAAUGAAAAUUUUAAUUAAUCAGCUGAGGAACCAGGCGUCCUUCAAACAUGUGUCCUUGCCCCAACUGUGUAAGGGAGACUUUGACUACGCCUCAUUCUUCGCUGCCAAGAUUCAACAGAAGAAGUUAGACAACUCGUACCGUGUUUUUAAGAGAAUCCAGCGGGACAACGCCAGGUUUCCGGUUGCCAUGGAGACGAGCAAAGACCCGAAGAGCAUCACAAUCUGGUGCAGUAACGACUACCUGGGUCUCGGGUCUCACCCACGGGUUAUUGAGACCAUCAAAGACGUGUUAACCAAACACGGGUCAGGGUCAGGCGGGUCAAGGUUAAUCUCCGGAAAUUCCCGCUACCACGAGGAGCUUGAGGUCGAGCUGGCCAAAUAUCACCAGAAGGAAUCGUGUUUGGUCUUCAGCUCGGGCUAUGUGGCAAACCACACCGCCCUGCACACACUGGGCACCGUGUUGCCAGACCUCCACUACUUUUCUGAUGCCGGAAACCACGCCUCCAUCAUCAUGGGCGUGCGUACAAGCCCCGCCCACAAACAGGUCUUCAGACAGAACAGCCCCGCCCACCUGGAGGAAGUGCUGGGUCAAGCUGACCAGGGCGUUCCUAAGAUUGUUGUCUUUGAGACGGUGCACUCCAUGGAUGGGUCCAUCGCCCCAGUAGAACGGAUGUGUGACGUGGCACACAAGUUCGGCGCCCUGACCUUUGUGGACGAGGUCCACGCGGUGGGCAUGUACGGAGACACGGGCUCCGGGGUGGGGGAGAGGGACAACUGUAUCGACAAGAUGGACGUCAUCUCGUCAACUCUGGGUAAAAGUUUUGGUGUGAUGGGCGGGUAUAUAGCGGGUGGCGCCGACCUGGUGGAUGUGGUGCGAAGCUACGGCAGUGGUUUCAUCUUCACCACAGCGCUACCACCACACGUCAUGGCGGGCUGCUUGCAGUCGUUAAAGAUUCUCCAGAGCGCGGAGGGCAAGGAACUUCGUGAGAAGCUGCACGACAAUGCCGCCUACCUGAAGCGAGAGCUUGAGGCAGCCAACAUCCCCUGUAUCCCAGGCAACAGUCAGGUGAUACCCGUCAUGGUCGGGGACGCCCACGCCAGCAUGCGACUGACCAACGACCUGGUCGAGAGGUUCGGCAUCUACGUGCAGGCCAUCAACUACCCCAGUGUACCACGUGGUACAGAGCGUCUGAGGGUGGCCCCCACCCCCCACCAUACCAAGCUCAUGAUGGACAGGUUCGUCGACUGUCUCUCGCUACUGUGGAAGGAACACAAUUUACCUUUUGCCCAGAAAGAUGCGUCUAAAGGCAGAUAACUUGUGAUUUAGAAAUGAGAGUAGCUUCCCUUUUAAACUUAACUAUGUGCGUGUGUGUGAAGG